AUUCUGUUAAAAUUAUGUUUCUCUCUUGACUUUAUAGGCAGGAGCAUACGUGCAUUCUCCUCCUUGGACUCUGUGGAAAUGCCGCACAAUAUCACAGAAUUUUUCAUGCUGGGACUCUCACAGAAUGCACAGAUACAGAGGGUCCUCUUUGUGUUUUUUUUGAUCAUCUAUGUGGUCACGGUGUGUGGCAACAUGCUCAUUGUGGUCACCGUUACCUUCAGUCCCACACUGGCUUCCCCCAUGUAUUUUUUCCUGGCCAACCUAUCCUUUAUUGACACCUGUUAUUCUUCCUCUAUGGCCCCUAAACUCAUUGCUGACUCGUUGUGUGAGGGGAGAGCCAUCUCUUUUGAGGGCUGCCUGGCUCAGCUCUUUGGAGCCCAUUUUUUGGGAGGUGUUGAGAUCAUCCUGCUCACAGUCAUGGCCUAUGACCGCUAUGUGGCCAUCUGCAAGCCCCUGUACUACAUGACCAUCAUGACCAGGCAUCUCUGUGCCCUGCUGGUGGGAGUGGCUUGGCUGGGAGGCUUCCUGCAUUCACUGGUUCAGCUCCUCUUGGUCCUUCAGCUGCCCUUCUGUGGCCCUAACGUGAUUGAUCACUUUGUCUGUGACUUGUACCCGUUGCUAGAACUCGCCUGUACGGACACUUAUGUCAUUGGUGUGCUGGUGGUCGCCAACAGUGGUGUGAUCUGCCUGUUGAACUUCCUCAUGCUGGCUGCCUCCUACAUUGUCAUCCUGUAUUCCUUGAGGUGCCAUGGUGCAGAGGGGAGACGCAAAGCCCUGUCUACCUGUGGGGCCCACUUCACUGUUGUUGCCCUGUUCUUUGUGCCUUGUAUAUUUACUUAUAUGCGGCCAUCAUUUACUUUGUCCAUAGACAAAAACAUAGCAGUAUUUUAUGGUCUCCUGACACCUAUGUUGAAUCCAGUCAUUUAUACCCUGAGAAAUGAAGAUGUAAAAAAUGCCAUGAGAAAGCUCUUCACUCAGUAA